AUGUGGUUUCCUGGUAUUUGUAAUGGAACUAUUCCUGAAUGGCGGUUGAAUGAGAUGAUCCGUCAAAUCCUUACGCCAUACUACUAUUCCAGCCAGGACCAUGAGUACCCUACAAUAGACCCAUCCUCUUACGCGGUGACCGCAGCAACCUACGGUAUCCUUCCUGCUGGUGAGGUCACACCAGCGGGUCGAGAUGUUCGGGGUAACCACUCUUUGUUGAUCCGCAAAAUAGGCUCGGCAGGUACUGUGUUAUUGAAAAAUAAGGACAAAACACUUCCAAUUCGGCCAGCCUGGGUCAUUGGAGUCUUCGGUAACGAUGCCCCAGACAUCAAUGGAGGUCUUCUUCCCGAACAACAACUACGGGCCUAA